AUGUCCGCCAUCAUCCUCACACUCGCUGCUCUUGCGACGGCGCCGCCCUCUCGCACCCCUGCAACGCAUCUGCACAGCCUCAGCCAAGCCACUCAACCACGGCAGCAUCAGCUCCUUUUUCAGCCGCGCGAGGAGGGGGUGGCAUACAGUGAAGACAACAACGGCACCGUGCACUACCGUUUCUACUUUCCCCAUGCCAGCUCUGUUGUUGUCGCUCUUGUGAAGGUUUGCCUGGUGAACCGCGAUGGUGGCACUGUCCCUGUCGCCUCCAUCGGGGUCGCCGUACCCAUGACAAAGCACCAAGACGGAAUGUGGGUCGGAACCAUGUCCGCUCCUGUUGGGCUGCAGUGUGUCGUCCUCAUGGUGGAUGGCAACCCUGUGCUGACACCCUACCUCAGCAUCGGGUGCCUGCAUGGGCUCCAGCGGGCAAACUACAUCGACGUCCCGCCACCGAACCCAAAUCAAUGUGUCUAUGCCGUGCGGCCCUCUGUCGAGCACGGGAUAGUGGCCCACAACUACUUGAAGUCCUACACAAUGGACACAAUCGAGGAGGUUCUUAUCUACCUGCCGCCCUCGUAUCACAAGGCGAGCAGCGCAACACGUCACUACCCCGUGCUGUACCUCUUGCACGACGACCGCGAGUACCCAGUGAACUGCGUACAGCAGGGUAAGGUGAACGUCAUCGCCGACAACCUCAUCGCCGACGGCAAGAUGACGGAGAUGAUCAUUGUAAUGAAGAGUAGUGCGAGCCCAGGCGCCAAUGGCGAGUUCCCUCCAUGUGAUCCGGCCCAGCUGUGCGAGGACCUGACGGAGGACAUCAUUCCGUAUGUCGACAACCACUACCGCACCGAGGCAGAUCGCGACAACCGCGCCAUCGCCGGUCUCUACAUGGGCUCCAUACAGGUCAGCAGACUCUGCAUGACACACCACGAUCUCUUCGCCUACGCCGGCAUGUUCUCUGGCUUCCUGAGCAGCAACUGGAACGGCUUCGGUACGGACAGCGACCACAUUGAAGCCCUCCGCCACGAUCCCUCAGUCUUUCAGGCCGCUAUGAAAGUGCUCUUCCGUUGCAUUGGUGACGACACCACGCACCGCGCCGCGUUUGAGGCGGACGACGCUCUGCUGGCUGAGCUCGGCGUGGCGUGCGAGCGGCGCAUCUACGUGGGCUCGCAUAGCUGGGAGGUAUGGCGCCAGGCCGCAGCCGAUUUCCUCCCAAUGCUAUUCAAGGGCCCAAACUUUCUUCCUCGUCACUGA